AUGAAUCCGACUAAAGAAGACCCGGAAGACCGGGAAACUGCGAAGAUUCAGAGGACAAGCGAUAGUGAUGAAGCUGAUGAACCGAUGAGGAAGAGGACAAGCGGUAGUGAUGAAGCUGAUGAACCGACGAGGAAGAGGACAAGCGAUAGUGAUGAAGCUGAUGAACCGAUGAGGAAGAGGACAAGCGGUAGUGAUGAAGCUGAUGAACCGACGAGGAAGAGGACAAGCGAUAGUGAUGAAGCUGAUGAACCGACGAGGAAGAGGACAAGCGAUAGUGAUGAAGCUGAUGAACCGAUGAGGAAGAGGACAAGCGAUAGUGAUGAAGCUGAUGAACCGAUGAGGAAGAGGAGAAGCGAUAGUGAUGAAGCUGAAGAACCAAUGAGGAAGAGGAGAAGCGAUAGUGAUGAAGCUGAUGAACCGAUGAGGAAGAGGAGAAGCGAUAGUGAUGAAGCUCAUGAAUCGAUGAGGAAGAGGAGAAGCGGGAGUCACACCGAUGCUUCUGUGAAGACUCCAGAGGAAGACACAACCGACGGCCUGGAGAGAGUCGCUAAGCCAGCACCAUAA